AUGGGUCCUCUAACUACACGGUCUCUGGAGUCAGGCUCCCGACAGGCGUCUGUCUUUGGCGUCGGGGGUGCUUUUGUUGCUUUCAUCUCAGCAGUCAUUGCGGCUCGAGUGUAUGUGCGAGUAGUGAUGCUCCACGCGCUGGGAACUGAUGAUGUCCUGAUGGUUAUUGGAUCGGUGAGUCUCGUCUACAGCACAGAAAUGUCCAGGCUGACAGGUAUAGCUGCCUACUAUGGAGUCGGAAGACACGUUAAUGACAUCCCCAACGAAACCAUGGUGCCAAUGCUGAAGAGCGUCUACUCGACCCGGGUCAUCUACGUGCUCUCCCUCGGAUUUGUCAAGGUGUCGCUGCUCAUUUUUUACCUCCGACUGGACCACCGUCGAUAUAUGAAAUGGAUCGUGUACGGCCUCCAGUUCGUCGUCGUUGGGUUGACCAUUGCCAGUUUCUUCGUCCUGGCCUUCUCCUGCUUCCCACCGGCCAAGUUCUGGGACUUGACCGGAGAGACUGAGGGUAAAUGCAUGGAUGUAGAUUCGCAGCAGGUCUUUUACGAGGCAAAUGGUAUCCUCAAUAUCAUCACCGACAUUUGCAUUUACCUCGCCCCCAUCCCGAUGCUCUGGGGUGUGCGCAUUUCCACUGUGUCCCUGUUUGGAGUGUUUGGCCUCGGUAUUCUGUCAAUUGCAGCUGGCUGCGUCCGAUAUGACUUUGUGAAGAAGUUGGCGCACAAUCCAGACCAAUACUACAGUCUAGCAGACUCGCUCAACUGGUGCAGUAUCGAGAUAUACGUUGCAAUCUUCUGUGGAUCCGCCCCCUCGCUAUCAGUUCUUGUGAAGACAUAUGCACCGGCACUCCUAGGCUCCAGCGGUCGUACAGGCAACAGUCAUGGUCAUCCCUCUGGCCCUGGUGGGACAUAUCGACUCAGCUCGCGGCCCACUAACCGCCGCCGACUCUCAGACACAAUUGACCUGAAUGGGAGCCAAGACAACAUUAUAGCCGGGCAGGGCAGGUCAGAGGGAAUUAUGAUGAAAACAGACAUUCAUCUGGAGGUCAAUGAUGCCGACUCGACGCCGACUCGCCAGGAUCAUUUCAGAUUUGGGAAAUAA